UUCCUCCUCUCUUCUCCUCCACUGUACCCGAGCUGAUGGAGACGUCGGUGACAGCAGCUGAGGUGCCGACGCCCCCCCGGCCGGACGGCGCCGCUAAGACCCCUGAAGGUGAGGAGGCAGCUCCUCCCUCCCCUUCCUCCUCCUCCUCCUCCUACUCCUACUCCUCCUCCUCCUCCUCCUCCGACCCCAUGGAGGCGUUCAAGAGACGGCUGGAGGACAUCAUCAGCACUCACGGCUCUGCUGCCGACCUCCUGGACGUGCAGGUGAGUCCGACGGAGACCGAGGCGGGGAAGGUGAAGAGGGAGCCAAUGGAGGACAUCCCCGUUGCCAUAGAGACAGAGGUCUGCCUCGUGAUGAACAGCCUGAAGAAGCUCUCCUCUCCGGAGAAGAAGCUGGAGGAGGUGGUCCGGAGAUAUGCUGAAGUGGCGGCCCUGCGGCGUGGCGAUGAGAGGAAGCUGUGCGUCCUGCAGCACCGGAUGUGCGUCCUGCAGGACGAGCGGCUGCAGCUGCAGGACGAGCGGCGCAGCGGCGUCGCCGCUCGGCGCGAGCUGGAGUCUCUGUGCCGAGAGCUGCAGGGACACUACGGCGUGCUGAGGGAGGAGACCCUGCAGCGCUGCAAGGAGGACGAGGAGAAGCGGACGGACAUCACCAGCCACUUCCAGAUGAUGCUCACGGACAUCCAGGCUCAGAUCGAGCAGCACAGCACCCGGAACGACCGGCUGUGCCACGAGAACAGCAGCCUGACAGACAAGCUGGAGGGCCUCAUGAGCCAGUGUGAGACCAGGGAGGAGAGUUUGGAGAAGAUCAACAAGCAGCGAGAGCUUCAGCAGCAGCUGACUGAAGCUCGGCUGCUGCAGGCCAGAGCGCUGCUGAGCGACGCCGAGGAGAAGCACAAGAGGGAGAAGGAAUACCUACUGGUUCAGGCCGCUGAGUGGAAGCUGCAGGCCCAGAGCCUCAGAGAGCAGGGCACUGGGAUGCAGGAGCAGCUGAGCCUCUACGCUCAGAAGUUUGACGAGUUCCAGGCGACGCUGGCCAAAAGCAACGAGAUCUACGUCCGCUUCAAGAAGGAGAUGGACAACAUGUCAGAAAAGAUGAAGAAGAUGGAGAAAGAGUCGACUCUGUGGAGGACGAGGUUCGAGAACUGCAACAAGGCUCUGACGGACAUGAUGGAGGAGAGAACCGAGAAGAGCAAAGAGUACGACAUGUUUGUCCUGAAGAUUCAGAAGCUGGAGAAGUUGUGUCAAGCCCUGCAGAGCGAGAGGGUGAUCCUCUAUGACAAGAUCAAGGAAAUCCGUCUGGCCAACUCCAACAUCCCAUCGAAGGUCUUCGGCAGCUCUAAAGCCGAUGAAACGCCCAACCCCGAGGGGGCUGCCUCGCUGACCCCUCUCCAGGAGAUCCAGAAGGAGGACCCGGUCUUAACGGAGGGCAUGUCCCGUCUGAGGGAGGAGCAGGCCAAGCUGCUGGAGAUCGCCUCCUCCCUGAUGGCCACACCCAGCGACACUCACAACGACGACAGUGACGACGUGGACCCCGAAGAAGACUUGGUGUCCUCUGCGUUUGUCCAGUUUAAAAGCAAAGCUCCGGUCAAGGAGGAACCAGAAUCAGAUAACCUUGAGGAGGAUCCAAAGCCAGUGGAGGUCACUUUGGAAAUGAUACCAGCAGACGCUGUAAAGGUUCCAACCCAGAUCCAGGAGGAAGAGGUUCCACCAGUCAAACCACAUGAGGAGAUCCAGCAGCAACCUGCUGAACCAGACCCACCGACGGCGAAGAAACCAAAAGCAGCAGAGGCUGAGAUCUCGGUCAAGGUCGGUGAGGUCAAACCAGUGGUCCCGGUGGAAGACGGGAAGGUCCAGGCUGAACCAGCGCGAGGACCAGAAGAAGCACCGAUCAAGUCAGAGUCAGCUCCACCCGCCGCAAACACGCCUGAAACGAGCGCCUCUUCAAAUGCCGAGUCCUCCAAGAAGCAAGCGCCGAAGAAAAAGAAGAAGAGGAACGGCAAGAGUGCUAGCUAAACUUUAGGAAGGUGUGUGUGUGUUUGUGUGUGUGUUUGUGUGUGUGUGUGUGUGUGUGUGUGUGCGCAACUGAAAACCUACGGUGCCUUUGCACCCUUCGUAAACUCUUUAGUUUAUUAUUAAGUGUUUUUCGCUCCUUUUCUCAAGAUUCAAUGUUCCCAGAUGAAACAUA